AUGCUGGGCAGCAGGAAGAAAGAAGCCCCCCGGGGGAAGAACGGAGCCGGGACGUCCGAGCUGAAGGCCAUCGACCCUCUGAGGAACCUGGGAGUCCAGGACGACGAGGACGUGAAGCGGAUGCUGCAGGGCUCCAGCAUGGUGAAGGUCCGGUCGCCUCGCUGGCAGAAGAGACGGACGCUGAGGCUGCUGGAGGACGGCGUCACCGUCUGGUGUCAGUCCCACAAGACGUCCAGCCGGGCCAAAGAGCAGCAGUCCUUCUCCGUCACGGAGGUGGAGUGCGUCCGCCGGGGCUGCCAGUCGGAGGCGCUGAGGCGGAUGUCGGGCUCGCCGAUGGAGGCCCGCUGCCUGACGGUGGUCUUCAAGGGGAGCCGGAGGAGUCUGGACCUGCUGUGCCAGAGCCCGGAGGAGGCGGAGCAGUGGAGCCGGGGAAUCCGGACCCUGCAGGACCGGGUCAGCAACAUGAGCCACAAGGACAAGCUGAACCACUGGAUCCAUUCCUUCCUGAGCCGGGCCGACCAGAACCACGACGACAAGAUGAGCUACGACGAGGUGACGACGCUGCUGCAGAUGAUCAACAUCGACCUGAGCGAGCAGUACGCCCGGAGCCUCUUCCAGAAGUGUGACCGUUCGGGCGACGGGCGUCUGGACCACGGGGAGAUCGAGGAGUUCUGCCGGGAGCUGCUGAGGAGACCCGAGCUGGACGCCGUCUUCCUGCGGUACUCAGCUAACGGCUGCGUUCUGUCCACCGCCGACCUGAUGGAGUUCCUCAGGGAGCAGAACGAGGACGCCUCGCUCGUCCACGCCCAGAGUCUCAUACUCACCUACGAACUCAACCAGUGGGCUCAGAAGAACCACUUCAUGACCCCCAACGGGUUCACCAUGUACAUGCUGUCCAAGGAGAACUGUGUCCUGGACCCGGACCACGCCCGAGUCCAGCAGGACAUGAGGAGGCCGCUGUCCCACUACUUCAUCUCCUCGUCCCACAACACCUACCUCACCAAGGACCAGCUGACCGGGGACAGCAGCGUGGAGCCCUACAUCCGGGCCCUGAACGGGGGCUGCCGCUGUGUGGAGCUGGACUGUUGGGAUGGAGAUAAAGGAGAACCGGUCAUCUACCACGGACACACCCUGACCUCCAAGGUUCCGUUUGUGGACGUGGUCCAGACCAUCAAUGAGUUCGCUUUCAAGGCCUCGCCGUUCCCCCUCAUCCUGUCCCUGGAGAACCACUGCUCCGUGGAGCAGCAGGCCGUCAUGGCCCGCCAGCUGCAAUGCAUCCUGGGGGACAAGCUGCUGUCCCGGCCCCUGGACGGCCUGGACUCCCGCUACCUGCCGUCCCCCGAGGACCUUAGAGGUAAGAUCCUGGUGAAGGGGAAGAAGCACAGGGUGGAGGAGGAGGACUUGUCCUGCAGCUCCUCGGACCUCAGCUCCUCGGACGAGGAGGCGGGCCGGUCCGACGGGAGGACCAGGAAGAAGAAGGAGGAGGACCAGAAGCCGGCCGUGUCCAAGCUGAGCCCCGAGCUGUCCGACCUGGUGGUCUACACCCGCAGCGUCCCCUUCAGGGGCUUCCAGCAGGCCUCCAGGAGCCCGGCCUCCGACAUGUCCUCGUUCUCCGAGAGCGAGGCGCUCCGGCACGCCAAAGACUCCGGGACGCAGUUUGUCCGUCACAACAGCCAGCACCUGAGCAGGGUCUACCCGUCAGGACAGAGGCUCCAGUCCUCCAACUACAACCCUCAGGACAUGUGGAACGCCGGCUGCCAGAUCGUCGCCUUGAACUUCCAAACGCCGGGCGAGCCGAUGGACCUGAACCAGGGCCGCUUCCUGCAGAACGGCCGGUGCGGAUACGUCCUGAAGCCCCCCUUCAUGUGCCACCAUGAGACCACCUUCAACCCGGAGAACGUGGGCGGCGGGCCCGGACACAAGCCCGCCCUGCUCACAGUCCGGGUCAUUUCAGCUCAGCAGCUUCCCAAACCAGAGUGGGACAAACCCUCGUCCAUCGUGGACCCUCAGGUCUGGGUGGAGGUCCACGGAGUCCCCAUCGACAACAACAAGAAGAAGACCCACCACGUGGACAACAACGGCUUCAGUCCUCGCUGGGACUGCACCUUCAACUUCACGGUCCACGUCCCGGACCUGGCUCUGGUCCGCUUCAUGGUGGAGGACCACGACUACACGUCCAGUAACGACUUCCUGGGACAGUUCACGCUGCCGUUCUGCAGCCUGCGGACCGGGUACCGCCACGUCCGCCUGCUGAAGCUGGACGGCUCCAGCAUCUCCCCGGCGUCGCUCUUCGUCCACAUCAAGAUCACAGCCUGCAGCAGCGCUCCGUCCAAGUCCUCCACCGGGUCCCCCGCCAAGGCCACCACCAAGAGACCCUGAG